GACAGGAGGAAGUGAGUGAGGAGUCACGUGACCACAGGCAGGGAGACGUUGUGGGGGGACGGGGGCUGAUCUCUCCGGUGUCUCGGUGCAGGCAAUGGUCAGAUAUUAGUCGGGGGGGUCUGGAGACUGACGUCAGUGACGUGCCCGCUGUUACAUUGGGGUAGAUGAAUAGUGCACACUGUAGUUACUGCUCUUCCAUUGCUGCUUAGCACAGAUACCUCUAGCUAUUGUGUGGCCCCGAGAGCCACCGAGGACAGGACCCCGAAGAACACUUCCACAGGAGGCUCCAGGAUCCAUACAGGAUGUUCGCUCAGUUGCUGUGCGUCUGCCUAGCUGCUGUCUCGGUCGUGGCUGCUCAAGUGGUUGAUGACUGCAAACUGAACAAGAUGUCCCCCUCUGAACAGGCUGUCCUCGACAGACUGGCCCCCUUGAAGCACAAAAGGUUUGAGACCACCACUGACGAUGGCAAAGACUCCUAUACCUACACAUUAGUAAUUUGUGGUGGGGUCUUCAAUGGCAGCAAAAGCAGCAAUGAAGGAUUGGUGCAAAACAAAACGAAAGAACAACAGAUCACUGUGGUCGGCCGCAUCAACGACACUCGCAUCAUCAAUGGAACUGAUUGGAUCUUACUGACUUAUUCUUCUGGAGAGAAUUACGACACUCACUGUGGUGGAGAGCCAAGGAAAGCGAUGAUUAUGAUAUCCUGUAACAAGAAAACACUGGCGGACGGCUUCAUGGUAGUUGCUGAGCAAAGAGACAAGACAAAUGACUGUUUCUACCUAUUUGAGAUGGACAGCAGUGUUGCUUGUCCUCCUGAGGAGUCUCAUCUCAGCGUGGGCUCCAUCCUUCUCAUUGUGUUUGCUGUACUGAUUGCAAUUUACAUUAUUGGUGGAUUCCUGUACCAGCGGUUUGUUGUAGGAGCCAAAGGUAUGGAGCAGUUUCCAAACAUCACCUUCUGGAGAGAUCUGGGCAACCUAGUCGCAGAUGGUUGUGAUUUUGUGUGUCGGUCUCAACCCCGAUCUUCAGAAACUGCCUACCGAGGUGUUGGUGAUGAUCAACUUGGAGAGGAGCCAGAAGAGCGAGAUGACCACCUAUUACCUAUGUGAUUCAUUCAUGACAUCGUCACAAAAAUUAGCAAUUGGAAGAAGUACAGAUCUUCCACAACAUUCUUCCCCGGCUGCUUAAAAAUCCUUUGUUUCCUAUUGCUCCUUUGCUGCAGUUGGGGUUCUCUGCCCCCGUAACCCUUCUGUAGUGUAACCCUACACUGGGCAGCCACCUCCUGUGCUUUGUACAGGGAGUAUAGCCAACGUGGUACUUUUGGUUUAUGGCCAGAAAUAAACCUGAUGUCUUCUCCUGUAUUAGCACUACAUGGGUACAGGCCGUAAACCAAGAAACAUACUCAGGAUAAGUCAGGAAGUCGAUAGAAGAGACAUGGAGGACGACCUUUCUUUGGAUCAUGUCUUACCACUGUGUGGACAGACACAUGAGUGCUCUGAGGGUCACAACAAUAGUCCUCUGUAAGAUGGACUAAUUGGCAAAACAGCGUAAUUGACAAAGUGUAAGGUAUAUAAUAAACUUGUGUAUGGCCACUCAAAUAACGUCACUAAACUGAACCCACUUAAACUCUUUUGUACACACUGGGGACACUCGAACCUGUGCGGUUAUACUGUACGUUUCAUCACCAUUGGGUUUGUGUGACUUAGAGCAGCAUCUGAAUCACUAUUCCACUCUCUCGCUUAGCUCUCCCUCUUAAUAUUUUUUCGGUUACAGUUUUGGGGUAUUUACCUUUUUACGGGUGUUUAUAUCUUGUGUGACUUAUUGGCAGUUUUGGAAUUUUUUUUUCUUUGUUUCUGUUUUUUAACAAAAGAAUUAAAAAGGGAAGAAAAAAAAUGAAACUAA